UGACUCGGAGUACACAUGACUGCCAGUCUCCCGGCGCCUCCUGGAGAGCAGAGACGAGGAGCCGAGAUGGCCCGCGCCGCGCUGUUGCCGCUGUUCCUGCUGCUCUUGGCGUCCUGCGCGCCCCGGAGCCAGGCAGCCCCGGACCAGGACGAGAUCCAGUGCCUCCCGGGGCUGGCCAAGCAGCCGUCUUUCCGCCAGUACUCGGGCUACCUGCGAGCCUCCGACUCCAAGCACUUCCACUACUGGUUUGUGGAGUCCCAGAAGGACCCCAAGAGCAGCCCUGUGGUGCUCUGGCUCAACGGUGGUCCCGGCUGCAGCUCUCUGGACGGGCUCCUGACUGAGCACGGCCCCUUCCUGAUCCAGCCGGACGGCGUCACUCUGCAGUACAACCCCUAUUCUUGGAAUCUGAUUGCCAACGUGUUGUACAUCGAGUCCCCGGCUGGGGUGGGCUUCUCCUACUCCAAUGACAAGCUUUACGUAACCAAUGACACUGAGGUUGCCCAGAACAAUUACGAGGCCCUCAAAGAUUUCUUCCGCCUCUUUCCGGAGUACAAGGACAACAAACUUUUCCUGACAGGAGAGAGCUAUGCCGGCAUCUACAUCCCCACCCUGGCCGUGCUGGUCAUGGAGGAUCCCAGCAUGAACUUGCAGGGGCUGGCCGUGGGCAAUGGCCUCUCCUCCUACGAGCAGAACGACAACUCGCUGGUCUAUUUUGCCUACUACCACGGCCUUCUGGGGAACCGGCUCUGGUCUUCCCUGCAGACCCACUGCUGCUCCCAGAACAAAUGCAACUUCUACGACAACAAAGACCCAGAAUGCGUGACCAGCCUUCAGGAAGUGUCUCGUAUCGUGGGCAACUCGGGCCUCAACAUCUACAACCUGUACGCCCCGUGUGCUGGGGGCGUGCCCGGCCAUGUGAGGUAUGAGAAGGACACUCUGGUGGUUCAGGAUUUAGGCAACCUCUUCACGCGCCUGCCGCUCAAGCGGACAUGGCAUCAGCUGCUGCUGCGUACUGGGGAUAAGGUGCACAUGGACCCCCCCUGCACCAACACCACGGCCGCCUCCACCUACCUCAACAACCCUUACGUGCGCAAGGCCCUGCACAUCCCCGAGCAGCUGCCCAGCUGGGACAUGUGCAACUUCUUGGUGAACAUUCAGUACCGCCGUCUCUACCAAAGCAUGAACUCCCAGUACCUGAAGCUGCUCAACUCACAGAAGUAUCAGAUCUUGUUGUACAAUGGAGAUGUGGACAUGGCCUGCAACUUCCUGGGCGAUGAGUGGUUUGUGGAUUCCCUGAACCAGAAGAUGGAGGUGCAGCGCCGGCCCUGGCUGGUGGACUACGGGGACAGCGGAGAGCAGAUUGCUGGCUUCGUGAAGGAGUUCUCCCACAUUGCCUUUCUCACCAUCAAGGGCGCCGGACACAUGGUCCCCACCGACAAGCCUCAGGCUGCCUUUACCAUGUUCUCCCGCUUCCUGAACAGAGAGCCGUACUGACACCACGGGAUCCCCCCCACUCCCGCCUGGUCCAGCCCCGCACGGGCUGGGACCCAGCUCUGCCCCUGUGGGGCAGGCCCCUGCCUCCAGAAACUGCCCCAGCCCCCGGCUUCCCUCCGCCCCACGCACCCCACACUGCCCCGGGGUGGCCGGCCCGGCCCCACCCUGCUUCCACGGCGCCCUUGACUGCACCCCAGGAAUCACAUGGAGCUCAGGACAGCCCACCGCCGAGGCGUGGGCAGACUGUAAUCGAGGGACUGACCGAUCAUGGAAUUAAAUGGGUGCAGCUUCA